AUGUUUCCCACCUUUGAGGACCAAAAUCCGGUCCAUUCGGUGUCCGAAUGGACCGGAUUUUGGUCCUCGAAGGUGGGAAAAUACUAUAUCACCAUUGUUUCGAAGGGGAGAAUUUCACUUAGCAUACGAACAGAUCUCCAUCUCCAUUUGCAAAAGACCGCGUUUUGUCGUUCUGGCUGGGGAGAAUUUCACUUAGCAGGGAGAAUUUCACUUAGCAUUGAGUUUUCAUUUGUUUCACCUGUUCUUGGGCUUAAAAGAAACGCUCAGUACGAACGAAUCACCAUCUCUAUUUUCGAAAGACCGCGUUUUGUUGUUCUGGCUGUAUGUCAAAUUUUUAUGCCCAGGGGGAGCAUUUCACUUAGCAGUUCUGCAUAUCUAGUGUUUAAAAGUCCGGUCUGGUCCGGUUUUUUGAUGCCUCUGGGCCUUAACCGUAACCGUAACCAGUCCGCAUUUUUCCCAAAAGUCAAAAGACCGAACCGGACCGCAAAAAACCACGGUCUGCAUCUUUUUGCGGUCUAUAGACCGGUCUUGGUCUUCUUCGGUUUUAACCGGUUUAAGACCGGUUUUCUGGCCAAUAUUUUAAAAUUAUGA